AUGCCCACCUUGUCACUCAGACCAGAGCAGCGAGUGCCACAUCCAGUUGUAAAUUCCUCCAAAUUGCAGAGCUGUAGUUCUGUUUAUCUCAAACCAUAUUUAGGCCAGUCUUGAGCACAGUGGAGAAUAAGAAGCAACAGUCAGUGUUUAUCUUGGAAGGAUAAAGCAGCAAAGGCACUGGGACAGGAUCCCAUCCCUGAACUGGCCUGGUUUUGCCUGACACUGAGCACUUCACCAGCCCAGAUCAGUUUCUUUCUAUUCUGCUCCACAUGUGCAGGAGCUGGAGAGAAAAAAAUGGAGAGAAAAAAUAAUGCAGAAACAGCUUCAUAAAAAGCCAGAAAGAGGGCAGGGAAGAUUCCAAAGGGGAGGAUUCCCAGGCCACUGUUUGCUCUGUGUUGUGCUCAUUAUCUCAGUGUGUCCCCAGGGGCCCUUGCCCAGGGUGAAACGCCAACAGCCCCCAGGAGCUCAGCCUGGGGAGCAGCUCCCACUGGCACUGGGGACUGGCUCUGCUCAAAUAUCUCUGAUCUGAACUGGAGCUUGCAGGGAAAAUUAACAUAAGGGAACAACAUCUAGGAGAAAAGAGCUGGAGGGAGGCCUGGCUUGCAGCAUCCUCACACAGGAUUCUGAAAUUGAUGAUUGAGAACUCUGAGAAGAUUCUGAGUCUGCUCCCACUCUGAAAACUUCCAGAGUUCAUCCCUGGCUGUCUGUGCUUCCCAGCUGCAGCUGUUCUCCAAAAUGGCUCUGAAACAAAAAGCCUGAGACGCCUCUGCCACACAGGAAGUGCCCUGGCAUAGCAUGAGUGCCCCUGGCCCUGUGGGCCAUGCCCUUCUCCAACAGCUCUGACCUCAGCCCGUCCUUCAUCCUGGCCAGCAUCCCGGGGCUGGAGGCCGCGCAGUCCUGGAUGGCCAUCCCGCUGUGCUCUGCCUACAUCCUGGCGGUGACGGGCAACUGCGCGGUGCUGCUGGUGGUGCGGAUGGAGCCCAGCCUGCACGCGCCCAUGUACUUCUUCCUCUGCAUGCUGGCUGCCAUCGACCUGGCCUUGGCCACGGCCACCGUGCCGCGCAUCCUCUCCUUCUACUGGUUCGACAGCAGGGAGAUCGGCUUCGGCGCCUGCCUGCUCCAGAUGUUCCUCAUCCACACGCUCUCGGCCAUCGAGUCCACCGUGCUGCUGGCCAUGGCCGUGGACCGCUAUGUGGCCAUCUGCCACCCGCUGCGGCACGCUGCCAUCCUCACCAACGCCGCCACGGCCAAAAUCGGGCUGCUGGCCAUGGCCAGAGGAGUGCUCUUCUUCCUGCCUCUGCCUCUGCUGCUCCUGCCCCUUCCCUUCUGCGGCUCCCGGGUGCUGUCCCACUCCUUCUGCCUGCACCAGGACGUGAUGAACCUGGCCUGCGCCAACACCACCCCCAGCGUGGUGUACGGGCUCACUGCCAUCCUGCUGGUCAUGGGGCUGGACGCCGUCCUCAUCUGCCUCUCCUACAUCCUCAUCCUCAAGGCCGUCCUGCGCCUCGCGGCGUGGAGGGAGAGGCUCAAAGUGUUCAGCACCUGCAUCGCCCACAUCUGCGUGGUGCUGGCCUUCUACGUGCCCCUGAUCGGGCUGUCUGUGGUGCACAGGUUUGGGAAGGACCUGGCUCCGCUGGUCCACAUCAUCAUGGGCAACAUCUACAUCCUGGUGCCCGCUGUGCUCAACCCUAUCAUCUACGGGGUGAGGACCAAGCAGAUCCAGAGGAGGAUCCUGAGUUUGAUUCAUGUUAGUGACAGAACUCCCCGGUGACCUGGGCUCGGCCGCUGUCCCCUGUGUCCUCACGCCGGCUCAUCUUGUUUCACACUCAGAGUCUGUGGUGCAGGACUGUCCUGUCCGUGUGCUCUGAGGUGCUGCCACCAGGCAAAAGCUGAUUGUAAACUCCUGAUUGUAAACUCCUGAUUGUAAACUCCUUCCAAGAGUGUUUACCCUCACCAAACUUAGAGAGAAAUGACUGCAAUGAUCUAAAUCCAAGCCCAACCUGGCAGGUUCUGCAAGGAAGGAAAAGUGACUCAGCAAACUUAUCAAGAUGGCCCAGCAUUGCACCUCUUGGUUCCCAUCCCACCUCUAACAGUGGGAGAGCAGAGCAAAUGCUGGAUGGUUUGGGAUGAUUUAGUUAAUUCAUUGUUUUCACAUGUGGCACAUUCACAUUCCAAAAUUUUUGCCAGAAAAUUUGCAUGUAGCAGCAUUCUCUAAGUAAAAUAAUUACAGGAAGCCUGUCCAAAGUGACAUUACAGAUGCAGAAAUGCAUUUCAGAAGAAGAACUUCCACCUCUGAGGUCUUGUUCUGACCUCUUGUGUGCUCUGUCAAGACCCCUCAACAUCCUCAUAGCAGAUGCUGUGGAAAAACUUUGGACUCAGAGUUACUGGUAGCAACUGUAAAAAUAAUUUAAAUUAAUAAUUGUAUUCAAUAAAAUGACAACAUCUCAAGGGAAAAAAAUAA